AUGGCCUUCUUUAUCAUGCGGAAUCUACUGGCACGAAUGGACCCGGAAGCUGCGACCAAGUCGGAAGCCGAAAAGAAGGCUUCAGCUGCCUCUGCCCGACUAUCGUCCAUCUUCGCCAGCUCCCCCGACCAUGACUUGGAUGAGGACGAUGACGAUUAUGAACAGAAGAUGGAAUGGGAAAAGCGCAAGGAAAACCUGGUCCUCACACCCUACGAACAAACUAUCGCCAUGGAAGUCGUCGCUCCCUGGGAGAUUCCUGUCUCGUUCGACGACAUUGGUGGUCUGGACGACAUUAUCGAAGAACUGCGCGAAGCCGUCAUCUACCCGCUUACUAUGCCUCACCUUUACUCUGCAACCAGCUCUCUUCUCUCAGCUCCUUCUGGUGUCCUUCUUUACGGUCCUCCUGGCUGCGGAAAGACUAUGCUCGCAAAGGCUCUUGCUCACGAGAGUGGUGCCUGCUUUAUCAAUCUGCACAUCUCUACCUUGACCGAAAAAUGGUACGGCGAUAGCAACAAGCUCGUCUCGGCUGUCUUCAGUCUCGCCAGGAAACUCCAGCCAAGUAUCGUCUUCAUCGAUGAGAUUGAUGCUGUCCUAGGUCAAAGACGUAGUGGAGAACACGAGGCCAGUGGAAUGGUCAAGGCCGAAUUCAUGACGCAAUGGGACGGCCUCACAUCCUCGAACUCUCUCGGCGAAUCCCAACGCAUCUGCGUACUAGGAGCCACAAACCGCAUUCAAGACAUCGAUGAAGCCAUCCUCCGUCGCCUUCCUAAGAAGUUCCCUGUUUCCCUUCCCUCGGCUUCGCAACGCCGUUCCAUCUUCUCCUUGACCUUGAAAAACACUCGUCUUUCUCCCCACUUCGAUUUCGGAGUCUUGGUCAAGAUCAGCGCUGGCAUGUCUGGUAGUGAUAUCAAAGAAGCCUGCAGAGACGCUGCCAUGGUUCCCGUCAGAGAGUAUAUCCGCGAAGCCAAAGCCCGCGGUGCAAACAUGAAGGGCGUCAAGGCCCAAGAUGUCAGAGGUCUUCACACCGACGACUUCUUCGGCAGAAAAGGUGGCGCUUUGCAAAUGAGACGCGAGCCGGAGGUCGACGAAGCAUGGGAAGACACAAAAGCGAGCCCCGAAACAAUGUCAGAAUCUGACGACGACCCGAAAACGUCUGUGCCAGUAUGA